UAUCGCAAGUAAAAUUGUCACAAGAACACUUGUGAACAGACAACUUAUUCGUGAACAGUCGAAGAAGACUUGCACCUCCUCAAAAUGGUCGAGUGGACAGAUGCUGAGCGCAGCGCCAUCGCAGGCCUGUGGUCAAAGAUUGAUGUGGGAGAAAUUGGUCCCCAGGCCAUCACCAGGCUCCUGAUUGUGUAUCCCUGGAGUCAGAGAUACUUCCAAGCCUUUGGAGACCUGUCCACCAAUGCUGCCAUUAUGGGAAACCCCAAAGUGGCCCAGCACGGAAAGACCGUGAUGGGUGGUCUGGACAGAGCUGUGAAAAACAUGGACAACAUCAAGCAGACCUACGCCAGCCUGAGCGUUAUGCACUCCGAGAAGCUCCAUGUGGAUCCUGAUAACUUCAGGGUGCUUGCUGAGUGCAUCAGCCUGUGUGUGGCCGCUAAGUUUGGCCCCACUGUCUUCACUGCUGAGGCCCAGGAAGCCUGGCAGAAGUUUCUGGCCGUGGUCGUUUCUGCCCUGGGUAGACAGUACCACUAAGGCUCUGGAAGAGCAGUUAGAUGUGCAGCAGUCAUACAAGUGAUUGUGAAACCGUGUAUCUCUUGGACUCUGUUGCCAAAUGAACCAAUAAACAAAACCUCAAAUCAUA